GCCGGAAGGACUGCUCUUCCAGUUGAGGAGACCCACUGUUAGAGAUGAGGGAGAGGUCUACUUCUCAAUCUACCUAAAAAUGGGUCGAGUUUUUGUCAGCUCACUGCCUAAUGGCACCCCACUGAUAGCUCCAGUUUUUGUGACCACUGGUGAGAAGCAGUUUAUUUUUAUGGAAGUCAAAAAUGGACAUGUGGUUGUUGAUCAUGCAGGCCUUAACUAUGGCAUAGGAGAGAUCCCCAAAAUGACUGUCAACAGCGGUGAUCAGGCCCAUAUUGGAGGACUUCCAAAAAAUUGGGACUCGGAUAAGUGGGGAGGACAUUUCAAAGGUUGCCUCCAGGAUUUUCGUUUAGAUUCAGUGCAUUUGGAUCUGGAUGGCUGGAGUAAUUCAAACAGAAAAGUUUAUUUAUCAAGUAAUGCUAAAAAUGUGAAAGAAGGCUGCAUCAGUGACGAUACAUGCAAGACCAACCCCUGUCAAAAUGGAGGAAAGUGCAUCAUUACAUUCAAUGAUUUUAUUUGUUCUUGUCUGGAACAAUAUACGGGAAAGACCUGUGAAACACGUAUGUGGUGUGUUAGUGAUCCCUGUGUCAAUGGUGGCCACUGUGUGGACCUUCUCGAUGGAUAUGAAUGUUUGCACAACGCCACAUUUGAAAAUAACCCUGUGCAGUAUAGCUCUGGAGGCUCCUUGGCAGAACCCAUCUCUUACAUUUACCUGGAGCUGCGAACUCGAUCAGAGAAUGCCGUGCUUCUACGGGCCACCUCAAGCUCUGACAUGCUGAUAGUGGGUCUGAUGGAUUUCUCAGUCUGGGUGGAAAUCCACAGCGGCAACAAUGCUGAGACACUGACCUUUAAAGGAAGCUUUCAGGUGGCCGAUGGACGCUGGCAUCGAGUGAAUAUUUCUAUGGCUGAUAAAACGCAAAAAGUAUCCCCUUGGGUCAUCACUGUGGAUGGACUCAAAGACGCCAGCAGCAAGCCAAGGCAAACAGGAACAAUUGGUUUUCUCAGUAAAAAGGGGGUCAUGCUGACUGUUGCAGAGAGUUUUAUCGGCUGCCUGGGUGCAGUGAGGCUUGAAGGUAUCUAUCUACCUUUUGCAGAAGCCAGUAGAGCUCCGCAGAUCUCUCAGUUUCAUUUAGUUGGAAAAACAAAGAUUCGUUUGGGCUGCUUCAGCGCUCCAGUUUGUGAGUCAAAUCCUUGUCUAAAUGAAGCCACCUGUGAAGACCUCUUCAAUAAAUAUGGUUGUGUGUGCCUAGCUGGUUGGGAGGGAGAGCAUUGUGAGACAGACACUGAUGACUGUGCAACCCGGCCCUGUGUUUACGGGAGCUGUAAGGACUCCUUAGCCAGUUUUGAGUGUCACUGUGACCCUGGUUAUGCUGGCAAGCACUGCAACGAGGAUAUCAAUGAGUGUGAGCAUCAUGCAUGUGAACAUGGAGGAACCUGUCAAGAUGGACCCAACAUGUACACCUGUGUGUGUCCGAAGGACUACAGGGGCCCUCGUUGCCAGUGGAAAUACCCUCCAAUACAGUGCAACAAAGAUGUCAAAUGUGCAAAUGAUGGACUCUGCCAUGAUGGGCCGUGGGGAGCUAACUGUACGUGCAUGCCAGGUUUCACAGGCAGCAGGUGUGAAAUGGAGAUUGAUGAAUGUGUAUCUAAUCCCUGUCAGAAUGGUGGAUCCUGUUUGGAUCGAUACAACAUGUUUUUCUGUGAAUGCCCACCUGGCUAUAGUGGUCCGACCUGUGAUAAUAAUAAGCUGGCUUAUAAAGAGGGGAUCCCCUGGCUGAUGAUAACCAUGCCCCUGCUCUGCCUCUUCACGGUCAUACUGAUCAUCUGUCUGACCUUCAUGGUUCUCACAGCCAGGAAGAAGCGCCAGUCAGAGGGGGCGUACAACCCCAGUGCUCAGGAACUGGCAGGAGCUCGGCUGGAGAUGGACAGCAUGCUGAAGGUCCCACCAGAGGAGAGACUCAUCUGACCAGUUAGGAGAUCGACUCCAUCAGUGUCAUUUAAAGAAAGAACGGCAGCACUGUGGUUAUUUACACCAGGUAAAAUAAUUAUUGAACACGUCACCAUUUUUCUCAGUAAA